CUAACGGGCGAAUUGUCUCGUGAACGAACACGACUGUGACUUACAUAGCCCAGCAGCUGUCACUGACAUAAAUAUCUAUUUGAUUUAAUAACCAGAACGAAACAAAACUUCGCUCAGACAAAUCUCUCCUCAGAAAGGUUCAAUGUCCUUGUAUCCUAGCUGGCCAUUGACGUACAUAUUUCUCUGAUUUCCACCGACCACUGGUUUAACAAGCAGAACGACAGAAGACUCGCCUCAGACAAAUCUCUCCUCAGUUAGACGAGUUCCAGCUAAUUGUGAAGACUGCCUUCAGUCCUGAUUCUUUACACCCGAUCACUACAGUGUACGAUGUCCAGGUUGUUUGUUCUCAUCCUGGUGUUGAUUCCGCUGAUAGUUGUGGCGUUCCCACACAGACCCAAGCUGCAUAGAUACAGAGAUUAUAGAGGAAGUGUGUGGGGACGAUACGUUCCACGGCUAGGCAAAUGCCGAUCUUUCAGGCGUCUGUACUCCCCAGGGGAGGUGAUCAAAACACCCAGACGGCUGUCACAGUUCACCCUGCGAUGUGAAACCAGAGGCAUUGUUGUGGACAAACCAAACAGCUACUGUAUCUACAACAGACAGAGGAUCGAACACCGCGGCACCAUUGAAGAAGAGUGCGUGACGUUCAGGUGCACAAUUUACAUGUUCCACACACGGAACCAAUGGAAACAAUUGAUCAAGAGCACGUUCUGGCCUGUAAAGAGAGGCUGUCUGGACUCUAAAAAUGUGUGUCACAGUGCAGGGGAGCGCUACGACGACGGCUUCAUGAAGUGUUCGUGCACUGACGACGAAUGGAAGUGCGUCACGCCGCCACCUCCGACGACGACGCCGCCGAGAUGUCGUACGUGUUGCUUGUGUUGCAGUGGAAGCAUCGCUUUCGUCAUUACACAUCUCAGUACACUUUCAGAGACGGACUGUGUAGAUACGGAAGGUUCGCCGAGGUGCCACAGUUCGACGGAGAGCUACAACGACGGCAUCAAACAGUGUUCCUGUCGUGGAGAUCGGUGGACGUGUGAGCCAGCCAUGAUCGUCGACCCGCCAGAAGUGAUGUGUCCGUGUUGGGACGCCAUCAACAAGCGAUGUCACCAGUCAGGCGAGGCCGGGGUCUACAACGGCAAACACUGCAGCUGUGUGCUGAGGAAGUGGAUGUGUGUUGAGCUGGACACCCCCACGCCACCAAUGCCCACAACUACCACAUCUCCACACGCAGACUCCAUGCAAAUGAUUUACGGUUGUCAAGAGUCUGACUGUGUUGAUAUGAGUCAAUCCCCGCCUCGAUGUCGCGGUGCUAACGAGGGCUAUGCCCAUUUGGAUUCGGGGAUGUGCGGGACACCACCGACCACCACACCUUUGAUGAUAGUGGACCCACCUGAAGUAAUGUGUCAGUGUUGGGACGACGUCAAGAAGCGAUGUUACGAGUCACGCCAGGCCGGGGUCUAUGACGGAAAGUACUGCAGCUGUCGCUCAGGGAAAUGGUUUUGUUCUGAACUCGACACCACCACGCCGCCUGUGAUGACAACGACCACACCGCCAUAUCCACACGAUACCAUACAAGUGAUCUACGGUUGUCAAGCGUCUGACUGUGUUGACACGCGCACCUCACGGUCUCGAUGUCACAAACGUAACGACGUCUACGACGACGGCACAGAAAACUGUUCCUGUCAGGGCGACCUGUGGAAGUGCCGACCCGCCACCACCACAUCACCCACCACACCACCCACCACCACACCACCCACCACACAAGGAGCCUGUUGUCGUAAAAGUAAUGGUACCUGUGCCAGAGACGGAGAGAAGAUGGAGAACGACCCGCUAUGUUUCUGUAUGGGCAGUCAGUGGGUGUGUGCCUAACGCCGGAACCUGAACGGAAUUGACGUCACGACUGACACAAGUUAAAGGCGCAUGUCUACGGCAGCGUAAAUUGUUUUACUAACUGUGUCAAAGGCACAUAUUUCUGUAUAAAUUACACUCAUAUCAGAAAAACACCGCAAAAGAAAAUAAUAAUUUAAAAAAAUAACAAUAAUAAAUAAAAUAAAUAAAUACAUGUAAUUAAAUAAAUAAAUUAAAAAUUGGUUGAUCUAUUUGUUUGUAAAAUAUACAUAGAAAUUAUAAUAUUUACAAAUAAGAAUAUGAUGUGAAAAGAAUUAAUGAUAUUUACAAAUAAGAAUAUGAUGUGAACAGAUAAUCAAUGAUAUUUACAAAUAAGAAUAUGAUGUGAAUAGAUAAUCAAUGAUAUUUACAAAUAAGAAUAUGAUGUGAACAGAUAAUCAAUGAUAUUUACAAAUAAGAAUAUGAUGUGAACAGAUAAUCAAUGAUAUUUACAAAUAAGAAUAUGAUGUGAACAGAUAAUCAAUGAUAUUUACAAAUAAGAAUAUGAUGUGAAUAGAUAAUCAAUGAUAUUUACAAAUAAGAAUAUGAUGUGAAAAGAUAAUUAAACAUGUGUCAAUGGU